AUGCCGCAGAGGAUCCGACCUGCCAUCAGCAUCUGCAGGCGGUCCCUGUUAGGAAUGUUUUCCUUUAUGGCGUUUUUCAGUCUCGCAUUGCAUAUCUUCCCAAGCCCUACUGUGAGCCUAGUUUCCUUCAUUGUAGCUUUGCAGCCCUGCCAGCCGUAUGGCCCAAGUGGCCUCACCGGCAGGGACGUUUUCCCACCGUUCUUGCAAGCUCGGUUCUUUGUUUACUUUUUGCGCAAGCACAUGAAACUCGCCUUCCAUCCGCAAUUCUUUCAGACCAAUUUCAUGGUCAUGUGGAUUGACAAUGACUGGGACGCCUUUCACCAGUCCCUUCUCAUCUUUUCCUUGGAUGACGUUGAAGGACGAGAGAAGUAUUAUCCGGACUGUGCUGCUAGCCAGCAGUUUCCAGACGACGGCUUUCUAGAUGGUGUAGACUUGCUAGUCAGCUCAGACAAGCUCCAAGAGAUUGCAGUGUCUAGCUCAGAAACUUUUCCGAAUAUGGGCUAG